AUGAUACGAAAUAGAAGUAUCAAUUACAUUAUAAACCACUCAAAAGUGCUAAAUCUACGUACAUUUCAAAGACAACAAAGACGUUAUAUAUCAAUAAAUCAAAUAUCAACACAACAACAAGAUCAAGAUCAAGAUCAAGAAAAAGAUCAAUUAAAUCAAACAACAACAAAUUUAGAAAAUAUUCAAAAUGUAGAUACUUUAGUUCCUUAUGAAACAAUAGAAACUGCUCAUUUUAAAACUAUUGGAAUCCCACCAACAAUAUUAUCAAUAGAUUCACCACCAUCAGUGCCCAUUUUUUUAAAAAGAGGUUCAUUAUUAUCAAUAUAUGGAUUAAAAAAUUAUAUAAAUAAUAAAUCUCAUAUUCAAAAUAUUAGAAAUACUAUAGAAUAUCCUCAUUUUUGGUCACUGUUAUGGUAUUGGGGAAAAAUUCAAACUUAUCAAAAAUUAAUAUCAACUAUUCCUUUCUCGGUAUUAGUUAGUUUUUCUACUAAAACAACACAACAAAAUACGUUUGUUAAUUUGAUAAUUGAUGGUAAAACAGAUUGGGCAGUAUUACAAAAUAAUUCAAUACAAGUAUAUACUGGGAAUUCGUUAUUAAUAACAUUACAUUCAAUUCCAAAAUAUAUAUCAAAACAAUUAUCUAAAAAGUUAAACAUUAGAAGGAUUGAAACUGGAUUAAAAUCUUUUUUAAAUAGAGGUUAUAAACUUGUUAGUGGUAGAGGUCAAAUUGCAUUAAUUGGUAAUGGUGGAAUUUAUUCUUUAAAUUUGGCAGAAGGUGAAGAAAUUCUUAUAAAUAAAAAAUCCAUAUUGGCUAUAACUGUAAAUGGACCUUUUGAUUUAGAAAAUUGUAUUGUUUGUGAUACUUCAUUAUCUACUAAUUUAAAUACUAUUGCUAAUUUGGAUAAAUUAAAAAUUGAAAAACCUAAAGAAGUUGUUAUUUUGAGUAAUGAAGCCGUCCCUUCAAAUAAACCAGUUUUAGUUCAACCAACUGCAUGGGAUCAAAUUAAAAUUUCAUAUCAAAAAACUUUAAUUGUGUUAAGUAAUAUUGUUAAAAGUAUUAGGUACUAUUAUAAUUAUAGCAAAACUAAAUUAAAUAUUUUUUUAUUAGGUAAUUCAGAAUUUGUUAAAAUUAUAGGUCCAAGAAAUAUUUUAAUUCAAUCAUCAUCAAUUAAAUCAACCACCAAGUCAAUUAAAAAUUUACCAACUUAUCAACAAUUAAAUACGAAAGAGUUUGAAGGUAAUAAAAAUCCACAAGAUUAUUUAAGUUAUGUUACUAUAAAUCCUGAAAAAGAAGUUGUUUUUGAAAAUACUCCUAAUUUUCAAAAAACUGUUGAUGAAAUUGAAAAAUUGAAAAAUAAGAAUAAAUUAGAAUAA